AUGGCCACCACCACUGCGCCGUCCGUCCAGCAGACGAUCGACCGUCUGAGACUGGAGACGGCGACGCUCGACGAGAUUAGGGAGAAGGCGAAUGUGAUCCAGUGGGACAAGAUCAAGUCGCCCACUGACCAGGAGGUCGUGCCGUACGAUGACCUUCCCGAAGUUCCCCAAGAUCCAGCGGUGGUGAAGGAGCUGCUGAGCAAGCUGGCGGUGAUGAAGCUCAACGGCGGGCUGGGCACCACCAUGGGAUGCACGGGACCCAAGUCUGUGAUCGAGGUUCGGAACGGUCAGACAUUCCUGGACCUGAUUUUGAAGCAAAUCGAGACGUUGAACGCCAAGUACGGGUCGAGCGUGCCGCUGGUGCUCAUGGACUCGUUCAGCACGACGACACUCUCAAGGUACGCUCCCUCCGCCGCGCCGCUCGCUCAGCUCCUGAGCCAGUACCCGCGAGUGGUGGCAGACGACAACACGCCGUGGCCUGCCAAGGGCCGCAAGGACAAGGCUGCUUGGUACCCUCCCGGGCACGGCGACGUGUUCCCCGCGCUCUGCAACAGCGGCGUGCUGGACCAGCUGCGCGCCGAGGGCAUCGAGUAUGUGUUCCUGGCUAACGCGGACAACCUUGGCGCGACGGUGGAUCUGCGCAUUCUCAACUUCAUUGUACAGAACAACAACGAGUACUGCCUCGAAGUGACGCCAAAGACGUUGGCGGAUGUGAAGGGUGGCACCAUCAUCAACUACGACGGCAAGCUGCAGCUAUUGGAGAUCGCCCAAGUGGCGCCUGAGCAUGUAUCGGAGUUCAAGUCCAUUGAGAAGUUCAAGAUCUUCAACACCAAUAACAUAUGGCUCAACCUGGCGGCCAUCAAGAGGCUAGUGGAGUCAGACGCCCUCAAGCUCGACAUCAUCCCCAACCCCAAGGAGGUGGACGGGGUGAAGGUGCUGCAGCUGGAGACGGCUGCCGGUGCCGCCAUGAAGUUCUUUGAUCGCGCCAUCGGGGUGAACGUGCCUCGCUCGCGUUUCCUGCCCGUCAAGGCCACCUCCGACCUCCUCCUUGUUCAGUCGGACCUCUACACGGUGGAGGACGGGCUGGUCAUGCGCAACCCCGCCAGAACCGCUGCCGCCAACCCCACCAUUGACCUCGGGCCCGAGUUCAAGAAGGUGGCGGAUUUCCAAAAGAGGUUCAAGGCCAUCCCCAGCAUCAUCGACCUGGACAGUCUCAAGGUGUCGGGCGACGUGAGCUUUGGGGAGAAGGUCACUCUCAAGGGCAAGGUGGCGAUAGAGGCGCCCAAGGAUGACAAGAUUGUGGUGGCUGACGGCACUGUGCUGGAGGGAUAG